CAGGUUUCCGGCCUAAUGAGAGAAAACACAACUCCAGUGUGAAAGACGAAGAGGAGAAGCUGCUUUUUACAGAGAAUUUAACGGAUCAGCUCUCCUAGAUGCAGCCAUAAUUUACUAGCUGGCAGCAACAUGGCAUCUGUCCACUGAACUACUCCGUCUUCAGCCCAGCACCAAACAUUGGUGUGCGAUUUCCCAGCGAAUGAGACUGACCCACAAUCACCAUGGAAACAGACACAGAAGUUAUUCCUAUCUGGCAGAAUAAGCCUCAUGGAUCCACCCGCAGUGUUGUGAGAAGAAUAGGAUCCACUCUUCCACUCAGACCCCCACAAAGGGCAUGUUUCCAGGAAUUACCGGGCCUGCCCCCUCUUCGGCCCAUGGAUGGCCCUAUGGUUCCUACCUUGGCAGACAUAGCAUGGAUUGUUGCAGAUGAAGAAGAGACAUAUGCCAGAGUGCGGAGUGACACUCGUCCUCUGAAACAUGAAUGGCGGCCCACGCCUCUCCUGGUGCUCCACAGAAACUCAUCUGUACCUAAUUUCCGCCGCGAGGGCAAAAGGGUAGAGGGGCUUAGGAAGCCUGGGGUGACAGCGCUGAACCGUACAACCGCCCUACAGGACGAGCUCAGCAGACUCCGUGCACAGAUCGCUAAAAUUGUGGCAAGUGAUUCUGGCUCCAACCCUCUGACCCCUGACCUGCUCUCACCUGACGACACAAGUAUGAGCUUCUCCAUGGCGCCUUUCGAGGCAGCGCCCUACCAGCCGGCUGCCACAGCUGCCGCGUCCUUUGUCAUCAGUGAUGUCACGGAGGAGGAGGAAGAAGAGGAGGAGGAGGAAGAAGAAGAGGAAGAUGUGGUCUCUGUGGUGUCGGAGCUUGUUCCUGACCCACUGCCGCCUGUUUCCAUGACGGCAUCAGCGACCUUUGACCUGGACAGACCCAGCAUGGACUUCCGGGAGGCGGAGGAGGAUACAGUGUCGCUCUCAAAGUCCACUAGCUUUGCUGAUGUUAUGGACAUCCUGAAGGACAUGAACCGCAUGAAGAUGAGCAAAGACAGGUACAACAGAGGCUGUACGUCCCUCAGAGAGGAGGACUCUGCCUCUCUGAUUUCAGAAGCACUGAGGAAAAAGUUUGUCCUGAAAGAAGAAGAUACUGCUGCCGUGAAACGGAAGUAGCCUGAUCCCGUGUUUAUCGUCAAUACCCGAUCCUGCUGCUCCAUGUAAGUCAGGAGAAGAUUGUUGGAGUAGUUUGUUUUUUUUAAUAUUUUGUAUAAUGAGCCCUUGAAAGAAUUUGGUAGGUUUUCAUUUGUAUUCAGUUGAGGAAUGUUUUAGUUCACUUUUGGGUUCUUAGUUGUUGUUUUUUUUUCUCUCCUUCAUUAUUUUUAGGCCUUUGCCUGUGGAAUAUUUACCCAUGGAUCCACAGCUUCUCUCCUCAGACCCAAGGCAAUAGCUGUCUGCCAGAGCUAGAACAAAAAACACUUUGUCCCAGACAUUCAGAACCAAAUGUGAAGCUCACAGUGCCGGUGCAGUGUGAGGGGGAACAGCCAACUCUUGAUAACAGUAAUCAGUUUCAGCACUGCAUUGCAAAUCACAUCCAGUUUUUUUCUCCCAGGCCAAAAAACCCCAAACCUUUUAUCUUUAAAUUUAUUUUGAAGAAGGACUCAACAAACUGCUGUCGGUUAAACAUGCUGUGUCCAGGCUGUUUGGAUUUGAGGUGCAUAUUAUUUUGAUUAUGUUAUAGCACAUUGUUUAGGGGCUACCAUCCAAACAAGAUAGAGUUUUUGGACUUAAAUUGAGGAAUGUCCCUUUAAAAAGCCUUUUCUUCAUCCUGCUAUAAAGAGUCCUCUGUUCUUUUUUUUUUCCACAGAGAGAUGCAGAUAAACAUUUCUUUUUCAGUUGAAGUACGUAAGAAGUCCUCUAACAUACUUGAAAAUAUUUUAUGUACAAACAGCUCUAGUGUACUUGCAGAGACGUAAUGUAUCUUAUCACAGAGUGUGUGUGGGAAAUAUAACUUCAGAUCUUUGCUGUUAAUACUUGCAUUACAGCUCUGAGUUUGCAAAUAUGCACAGCAUCAAGUAAAAUAUGUUGCUUGCUCCACUGCACCUCUUAUGCCUGUCCUCUUGUUUGUGAUUAACAUAUAGAUUGAUAGUCACUGAACCACAGGACACUGAUUUUGAAACCUAAGAAUAUGCUGAUGAUAUAUUUUGAAGUGUAUGGUGUAAGAAAAAACAAAGAAAGUGUGUGAGUGAAAUAUACACCCAUCACUGUUUGCAACUGUUUCUAGUAAAGGCAACGACAGAUACAAGCUUGUACAGGUCUGUUAAGACACACUUUUCUUCUGUGUAGAUUGUUUCAAAUAUUCGCCCUUUAUUGUGUUUUUUUUGUUUGUUUUUUUAUGCACUUUUGGCAGACAACUGAACUAUGUGUAAGGGUGCUUUUCCAUCAUGCAGAAUUUUGACAAAGCAAUGGGUAAACACUUGUGUGAGUCACGAUCAUAGAAAUGCAAUGAGAAGAGAACGGACAUUGCCAUUAAAAUCUUGAUCAGGAUGAUAAGAGUUACAACCAUUUUUAUGUGUACUGUUGCCAUUGCAGUUACUGUAGCAGCUUAAUUUCCAUAUAAUCUUGUGUGCAAUCAAAUCAACUUGCAGCAAGUUCCAAGCUUACUUGAGUGAGGAUUUGCAGUAACGUCCAAAAAGCAGUAAUGUAACAUUUUCAGAUAAUCUGUUUUAGGGUUUUUGGUUUCAAGGCUAUGUGAAAAUUGACAGUUAUCACUCUACAUUUGCUUAUCUACAGUUCUGAAAAGCAUGCAAACAGACUAAGAAACUCACCUGCCCAUUCCUUUCCUCUUGAUUGCCUGUCAGACUUUUGCACAUACCCCCUUAAACAAACAUUGUUUUAAGUUUUGAUGAUUAUAAAGCUUUCUGUUUUCAUGCCUUUAAGGGUCAUUGUAACCGAUAAUGAUAACUGUGUAAUACCGUAUACCCUGAAGCCCUAAAAUUUUACUAGAUGGUUAUUAUACAUUGAAAAUCCCACACAGUUGCAACCCUAAUCUGUUACUUUAAAUAUAUUACCAUAACUGUUAUUUUCCUGUUUCUUUAGUCGCCAUUUAUUUCGUGUUUGUUGAAACAUGAAUGUUCUAUAGCUGCCACUGAAGAAUGAGAAAAAGCCGCUGCUCAGUGGACAGCAGAGAGGCAGAGGCCUCGGGGGUAGACAGUGUGUAGAUCAGCAUGUUUUCACAUCUAACUCAGUGAGUUAAGGGUUCAUUUCAACCAAACCAGAGUUGGUGACUGUUGAAAAAGGGGACUAACUUGACUAAUGACUAAUAAGACUAACUAAAAGGUUUUAGGUGAGUUUUACUUUUUUUGUUGGGUUUGAAAAAAAUGUAUUUUAUGAUUAGUUUGAGUUCUGUGAACAAGUAAAACUUGGAUUGGUUGUAUCUUUGUAUUUAUUAAGGAAAAUAGGAGCAACAAUAAACCACAAUCGAGUUCUCAGACUAGUAUGUGCGACACCCUUUGUGGCCCAACUGAUGUGUUGUCAUCAUAACAACUAACAACAAUCAUCAUUUUCUUUGGUAUAAGUCAACUGACUACGGCAAACAGUUAAAUGACCGUUCAACUCUUAUUGUAUUUCUAUGGUCACGAUGAAUAUUCUUGCUGAAGCCUUACCACAUUUCUAUUUCCUGUUCCAAAGCCUGAUUUUAUUUCCAUUAUUAGUUAAAGUGCCAUGGGUUUGUUUGACCCUUCCCUGAAUGUGCCCUCCAUCCUCAUCUACAUCGAGAUUCCCAUUUCUACGCCUCAUUAAUACCAGUUAUGUGUGUGUUGUGAUGCUGAAUGUUUGUUUAAAAAAAAAACAACUCCCAAGAUUAGCUGUUAUGUCACUUUUUUUCCUCCACAUACGUCACUCCUCUGUUUUUCAUCUGUCACGUUUAUGCCUACAUUAAUGGGAGUUCUUCAGUGUAGUUUUGCAGUGUGAAAAGUUACUGCUAAGUUUCCUGCCUGGAUUGAAACAAGAUUGUGCCCAUGUGUGUGUUGCUGUAUGCAGUGGAGUUAAAAGUAUGUUAUGUCUUGCUAAAACUGGCCCUCAACUUGUCUUUGGCAAUCUUCUCAAUAGUUAAUUUCCUCAUCGGAGUGAUGAAGUAUAGCUGAGAAAAUAUGCAAGUUUAAAUAUAUUCAUUGUGUGUGUGUACUUAAGAUGUUUAUCCUCACACAGCUGCCAACUGCAUCACUAUUCCUGAUAAGAAAUUGAGGGGAGAAUUUUUUUUCACAGAAUUUAUUGAUUUUGUUUCUCUUGUCAAAUUUAAGGGUUUCUUACCGUUGUACCUCUGUGUAGGGUCAAGCCCACCACAACCUGUAUGGUUUUUUUUUGUCAUGUUUAGGACUUGUAAAUAAAGAUUGGCUGAUGUUUUGAAA